CCUCCUCUCUCCCUCCCUCUUCUCUUUUUUCCCUUCUUCCCAACCUUACUCAAGGGACGCAUAAAAGAGCGACAGUGGUUUCCCCCCCCUCGCUGUCCCUCCACCACCGACACUUCGAACGUUGCCCUCACGAGGCACCGCUUUGCAUCUCGCACCAAGGAUUCAGAUCGCGGGGUGAACUUGACCCCGCUCUGUUCCACAUCAACAACUUCGACUUUUCACACCAACACAUAGUCAGGUCAUCUCAUCAAUACCGCCAAGAUGGUCAACUUCACCAUCGACGAGAUCCGUAAGCUUAUGGACAAGCCUACCAAUGUCCGUAACAUGUCCGUUAUUGCCCACGUCGACCACGGCAAGUCUACCCUCACCGACUCCCUGCUCGCCAAGGCCGGUAUCAUCUCCUCCGCAAAGGCUGGUGAUGCUCGAGCCACCGACACGCGUGCAGACGAACAGGAACGUGGUAUCACCAUCAAGUCCACCGCCAUUACCCUGUACGGUCAGCUUGGCCCUGACGACGAUGUCUCCGAGAUUCUCGGCCAGAAGACCGACGGCAAGGAUUUCUUGAUCAACCUCAUUGACUCCCCCGGUCACGUUGAUUUCUCCUCUGAGGUCACUGCCGCUCUCCGUGUCACUGAUGGUGCUCUCGUCGUCGUCGACACCGUCGAGGGUGUCUGUGUCCAGACCGAGACCGUGCUCCGACAGGCCCUUGGUGAGCGCAUCAAGCCCGUCAUCAUCAUCAACAAGGUCGAUCGUGCUCUUCUCGAGCUCCAGGUUUCCAAGGAGGAUCUUUACCAGUCCUUCUCCCGAACCAUCGAGUCCGUCAACGUCAUCAUCUCCACCUACUUCGACAAGAGCCUCGGUGACGUCCAGGUCUACCCCGAGAAGGGUACCGUUGCCUUCGGUUCCGGUCUCCACGGCUGGGCCUUCACCAUCCGCCAGUUCGCUGUCCGAUAUGCCAAGAAGUUCGGUGUUGACCGUGCCAAGAUGAUGGAGCGUCUCUGGGGCGACAACUUCUUCAACCCCAAGACCAAGAAGUGGACCAAGAACGGCACCUUCGAGGGUAAGCAGCUCGAGCGUGCUUUCUGCCAGUUCAUCCUGGACCCCAUCUUCAAGAUCUUCGCCGCCGUCAUGAACUUCAAGAACGACGAGAUCACCACUCUCCUCGAGAAGCUCAGCCUCAAGCUCUCUGCCGAUGAUCGCGAGAAGGAGGGCAAGCAGCUCCUCAAGGUCGUCAUGCGCACCUUCCUCCCCGCUGCCGACUCUCUCCUCGAGAUGUUGAUUCUCCACCUCCCCUCCCCCGUCACCGCUCAGCGCUACCGUGUUGAGACCCUGUACGAGGGUCCUGCCGACGAUGAGGCCGCCAUUGGUAUCCGCGACUGCGACCCCAAGGCUCCUCUCAUGCUUUACGUCUCCAAGAUGGUGCCCACUUCCGACAAGGGCCGAUUCUACGCCUUCGGUCGUGUCUUCGCCGGUACCGUCCGAUCCGGUCUCAAGGUCCGCAUCCAGGGCCCCAACUACAUCCCUGGAAAGAAGGACGAUCUCUUCAUCAAGGCCAUUCAGCGCACUGUCCUGAUGAUGGGUGGCAAGGUCGACCCCAUCGACGACAUGCCUGCCGGUAACAUUGUUGGUCUGGUUGGUAUCGAUCAGUUCCUGCUCAAGUCUGGUACCCUUACCACCAGCGACACUGCCCACAACCUCAAGGUCAUGAAGUUCUCCGUCUCCCCCGUCGUCCAGCGCUCCGUCCAGGUCAAGAACGCCCAGGAUCUCCCCAAGCUUGUCGAGGGUCUCAAGCGUCUCUCCAAGUCCGACCCCUGUGUCCUGACCUUCACCAACGAGUCGGGUGAGCACGUCGUCGCUGGUGCCGGUGAGCUGCAUCUCGAGAUUUGCCUCAACGAUCUCCAGAACGACCACGCCGGUGUUCCCCUGACCAUCUCCGACCCCGUCGUCCAGUACCGUGAGACCGUCACCGGCAAGUCCAGCAUCACUGCUCUGUCCAAGUCUCCCAACAAGCACAACCGUCUGUACAUGAUUGCUGAGCCCAUCGAGGAGGAGCUGUCCCUCGCUAUCGAGGGUGGCAAGGUCAGUGCUCGUGACGAUUUCAAGCUCCGUGCCCGUGUCCUCGCCGACGAGUACGGCUGGGAUGUCACCGACGCCCGAAAGAUCUGGACCUUCGGUCCCGACGGUACCGGUGCCAACCUGUUGGUCGACCAGACCAAGGCCGUCCAGUACCUCAACGAAAUCAAGGACUCCGUCGUCUCUGGUUUCCAGUGGGCUAGCCGAGAGGGUCCCAUUGCCGAGGAGCCCAUGCGAUCCGUCCGCUUCAACCUUAUGGAUGUCACCCUCCACGCCGAUGCCAUCCACCGUGGUGGAGGCCAGCUUAUCCCCACUGCCCGUCGUGUCCUGUACGCCGCCUCCCUGCUUGCCGAGCCCGCUCUUCUCGAGCCCGUCUACUUGGUCGAGAUCCAGGUCCCCGAGCAGGCUAUGGGUGGUGUCUACGGUGUCCUUACCCGACGACGUGGUCACGUCUUCAACGAGGAGCAGCGCCCCGGUACUCCCCUGUUCAACAUCAAGGCCUACCUCCCCGUUCUGGAGUCUUUCGGCUUCAACGCCGAUCUGCGCCAGGCCACUUCCGGACAGGCCUUCCCCCAGUCCGUCUUCGACCAUUGGCAGGCUCUGCCCGGUGGCUCUCCCCUCGACAACACCUCCAAGGUCGGAACCAUCGUCACCGAGAUGCGCAAGCGCAAGGGUCUCAAGGUCGACGUGCCCGGUGUCGAGAACUACUACGACAAGCUGUAAGCGGCUUCCUGAUGUGUCGAUGGAACCACGAUUCGUGCCAAAGUGGGCACAAAAGAUCAACCGGCUGGUAUUAAAGAUUUGGGACGUAUGCCCAAUCCUAUGGAGGAGCUCCCUCUGAGUCCAGGAGGGCAUGCUGAGCGAAUACCAAAAGAAAAAAGUCGAGAGCUGGGUUGAUGCUAGACACCAAGGAAGCUCGGUUUGGCUUUCAUGUAGUUACGUCACCAUUUGAUGAGUUGAAACACGUUUAGAAAGAA